GUUACUAAUUGCAGAGCGCCGCCUAACGGCAUUAAUUUUCACAAAAAGAAAAACAAUGAAAACAAAAAUGUACCAACGUCUAUAGAUCAUCUUAACCUCGUAUUUAGUUUUAUAAAUGGUUAUUAAAGAAGAGAAACAUGUCUGGUUCUAAGGCAGACCAGCGAUUUGCUGAUUAUUUCGUGAUUAGUGGUCUAGAUGUCACAUCUGGAUUGGAACCGGAUCAACUUUCGGGUGAGAAUCUUCACUGUGCACCACUGUUUAGGCCAUAUAAAUCUAGAGUGUUGGCCAACUACCCAGAUUCUUUGCCAUGGAACCCAAUAGACAAAGAUGCUGUUGGCAUGCUUUGCUUGCCAAAGGGUUUAACAUUUCGGACAGAGAGACAGUCAAGAAAACCAAAGUUUCAUUCAUUUAUCAUUACAAGAGAGGAUGGCUCUAGGUUGUACGGUUCUUCAUACAUGUUCUAUGAGGAGGUAACAAAUGCCCAGAUCUGCGCCGCCAUGCAGACCCUGCAGCAUAUGCACGAGGCAGAGGUGUCCAACAUACAUACACAGAGCAUUGUGUCUAUACAGGAACCCCUGAGAGAUCAUAGCCCGUUGCUGGAAUACCGAACGGAGUAUCCCGACCAGAGCUAUGACAUUAAAAUCGAUAAAUUGUACGUCACAAAAAGCAUCUGUUUCAUAUCACAAGUGCAGUUUGUGUCAGCGCCUAGGACGUUUCUCAAACAGUUGUGUGAAGCUGUGAGCAAGCCUGUUAUCUCACAGCAACCAAUAGAGGCAUAUGUCUACAAUAUCUUGUAUGAUGUACCAUUACCUCCCCCUGGUAGAAGUAUGAAGUUUUAUGGAGUUACCUCCCCGGUAUUCUGUCAAAGGCCAAUGGCAUGGGAUAACACAAAAGGUACUGGGGAGCUGCCAUUGUUUGAUUUCUCGUUGUGGGAUCUUGUCCGGUUACUGGGACUUGAUCAUCUAGUCCAGCUGUUUGCUAGUGUUCUUCUAGAACAUCAAGUACUUCUGUACUCAUCAGAUUACCAUCGGCUGAUGCUUGUGGCAGAGAGUAUUAGUACGCUGAUAUUUCCCUUCGCAUGGCAACAUGUGUAUGUGCCAAUCUUGCCAGCCUCUUUACAACAUUUCUUGGAUGCCCCUGUGCCAUAUAUAAUGGGCUUACACCAUGCUGAAGAAGACACAUCAAAACCACAGCUCCCUAAUGAAGCAAAUUUGUGUUUUGUUGAUAUUGACAACAACAGUGUACAGGUGCCAGAAGAUCUACCCUCGUUUCCAUUUGAACAAGAUCUUAAGGAAGAGUUAUACCAGGCCAUAGUAAGCAGUAAGGAACGAAUGCUGAAGGAAACGUUUAUAGACAGUGUUAUUUCUAGUCCUAAACGUAAACCAUUAAGUAAUAGAUUGACUAGUGUUGCAUCCGAGCCAACUCUGAAAAAGGCACAGAGUUCACCAGGACUGGAAAAAAUGGAAAUUUUGCAGCAGAGUGAAGCCUGGUCAAAAAUAUCUGCAAUAGCAAAGAAAACCGGAGUUUGGAAUAAAGAUUUUCGGGACUAUGAUUCUGAACAAACAACGAAGAUUGCCAAAGAGGAAACGACAAAGGAAAAGUAUCAGGACUUGAGCUCUAUGCCAAGUAGAGAGUUAGAGGAAUUAAAGUUUAAUAACUCAAUUAGAGAAAUAUUCUUAAAUAGAUUUGUGCAAAUGUUUUGUUGGUAUGAAGAGUUUGUGAUACUAAAUUCACAGGAUAUGGACUCAUGGCUCAGUAAUCGGGAGUCGAUGCAGAACUUUGACAAAGCAUCGUUCCUCAGCGAUCAGCCGGAAACCUAUCUGCCUUUCCUUAGUCCUUUCUUAGAGACUCAGAUGUUUGCUACCUUGAUAGACAAUAAAAUACUCUCUAAUUGGGAGGAGUCGGAACUAAAUCUUAAAGUAUUUCAUAGCCGUGUGAAAAGUUUGCGAGACGGUUUAGAUAUUUCUGCACCUAGAUCUCAUACUUAUGUCAGUUGCUCAAAAAUCAAAGACUCUGAGAUUCUGAUUGAGAAACGAUCAUCAUAUAUAGAUCAUAUAGCCAAGAAGCCACAGUUGCCAGAGGGGAGCACAGACCCUCCUGAUAUAGAACCGGGGUUCUUCCCCAUACUCGACAAAAAAGUACUCAACUCAGAAGCUAAUUUGAAGCCAAAGACAAAAGACAGUGCCAAAUGGAGAAGGAAGGAUAGGCUGCUACAGCAGUCGGAACACUUAAAGCUCAAUUCCAGACAGAGAGAGUUGUCAUUAGAAGGUUCUGUUGCUAAGCAAACCUGGCUAACUACUAGAUCUACAUUUAGUUUCAAUCCCGAAGAUGUAAGCCCAGAAUCCGAUCCUGAAUUGCAGGAAGAUAAUAUGUUAACCGGAGAUUUUGAAAAAUACAUGGCAGAGGCGCGGAGCAAGUUGUUACAGCCGAGAUUGACGGACAUGGCGGCUGGGGGCGUGGCUCAAACCAACUGGAAGUUUGUAGAGGCAUUGCUCAAAGAAUGUAAAACAAAGACAAAGCGUAUGUUGGUUGAGAAGAUGGGCCAGGAGGCAGUAGAACUGGGUCAUGGUGAGGGUAACAUCACAGGGGUAGAGGAGAACACACUAAUUGCCAGUCUGUGCGAUCUUUUAGAGAGAAUCUGGAGUCAUGGUCUACAAACUAAAAAGGGAAAGUCAGCACUGUGGUCCCAUCUGCAGAACUAUGUGGAGAUAGAGGAAGGGAAUAGUGACUCUGGGAGACAGGUUGACCCCAACCUGUUGUCCCCAGGUAAUAAAGCGGACUGCCACGUGUUGGUUCCCAAAGGAAUGAGGCGGAGCAAAUCUCUCGACAUAAACUCAUUUGCCGAUCUCUAUGUUACAUUGUGCAAUUUAUCUUCAAUGGCAUUAACUGAAGGCGAGAAGACGGUGAAACGUGGACAUCGUCGUACUGGCAGUCGUGGAAACAUUGAACUUCCUGUCCUUAAACCGCUACCUCAAACCCUGGCUUGUGACAUGAGGAAAGUGCAGGAGAUGGCAGAUAUCAAGACAGAUGUAGGUUGUGCCCGAGCUUGGGUUAGAUUGUCUCUAGAGAAGAAAAUGUUGUCUGCACACCUGAAAGAGCUGUUGUCAGACUCAUAUCUGCUCAGGAGUUUAUACAAGAGAUACGCGUUCCUGAGGUGUGAGGAUGAACGUGAACAGUUCCUCUAUCAUCUACUGUCUCUCAAUGCCAUGGACUACUUCUGUUUUACGAACGCUUACAUCAAUACAGUUGUACCUUAUCGUGUGUUGUUAUAUCCAAGCCUGAAGUUUGGUUGUACAACAACUAGUGCCAAUCCAUGGAUAACCUUUGCUGGUCACAUGGGAGAAACUGGAAUUAUAGAGAUACCUAAAGGUGUCCUCGAGUUCUGUGUAGAGCACAAGAACUUGGGUGUAUUGACAACACUUCGGCUAGGACAUGACAACUCUGGUUUGACACCCAAAUGGCUAGUGGAAUAUGUUCUCAUCCGAAAUGAGAUAUCUGGCCAUACAUACAAGUUCCCCUGUGGUAGGUGGCUGGGUAAAGGAGUAGAUGAUGGAAGUAUAGAAAGAUUACUGGUUGCUGAGCUACUACCUCCAAACACUAGCAGUGAAGAUAUUGUAGCUGCUAGUGGAACUCCACCAAGGUCAAGGUCACCUGUAUCUCCAAGGAGACCAUUAGAACAAGGAGGGUAUACAAUACCGGACAUACAGGAGAUGUUGGGUCAUGCUGUUAAUGGUCUCAUUAAACAUUACUACAAAGCUGAAAAAGAGAGGGGUAACCUGACCUACUUGUUGUGUGGAGAGAGAGGGCUUGUACCGUGUAUAGAACACGUCUUUCUGUACGGCUUCAGAUCAGCAAGGAUCUUCAGAAACAAGUUCUAUAUUUGGGAUUAUUUAGAAAAAGUAAAGUCUCACUUGGAGGCAGCUCUGGAAGGUGAGAUACGACGAUCCACAUCAGACAUAGACAGGGCUGGUUUCUGGAUGUUUUGUAACCUACUAACCAAGAUAAACAAUGCUGCCGAGUCUGUAGGAAAAGAUGGAAAACUACAGAUUUUUAUCUGUGUAGCCAUCAGAGACCACACCCUUCAGAAAUGGCUGCCAAUGAUUGCCAGAAAUAUUGUGACGGCACAGAUGUACGAGGAGAAAUCAUUCAUGCGUGACAAUGACCUCAUCACCUUCAUAAUACACAUUCUCGAUACGCUCAACGACUUUGAUAUAGUGCUAGAAUCAUCACUUGUACGAGGCCUCAAUAUUUGAUCACAAUCAUGUCUGUGACGUCAAAACUUGAUAGUGAUAAAAUCAUCUCAUGUCCUAGGCUUCAACUUGCCAUGGACUUAAGAUUAGAGUCAAUGCUUUUCAUAGGCCUUUGCUUGAGGUUAUAAUGUCACGUUUAGAGACCAGUCUUUGACUGCAUCCUUGCCAUUGGCUGAUUUAAGUUUUGAGCAUGGAAUUAACCAAUCAGAUGCUGGAGUUGUUAGACUGGUCUAUAAAUUCAGGUUUUAUAACCUUCGACCCUGAAUGCUUCACUAGUUAGUAUGAGAAACAAAACUUGCUAGGGCUAGAACUAUAAGAUGUUUCAGGCCUUCACAAAAAAAAGACAUUGCUGAAAUUAUCACUUGUACGAGUCUUUUAUAUUAGACUUUGUUAGAUUCAUGACCUUCAUGGGGUCAUUUCAUUUUGUGUUGCUUUAAGCAUAGCUUUCAUUUAAUAGAGAUUCUAGAGGUUUUAUAGAGCAUUUUAUUACAGAGCAUUUUAUCAAAAGGCAUUUAGAAACAUUCUGCCAUCACAGUUCAGGAGCGUGAGAAAGGAGUUUUAUCUAUGCUGGUGGGAUUCUAAUGCUUAUUGUUACUCAAAGUGUCUGAGACACUUACAAAAGCUGAAAGCUGCCAUUUUUAUUGCCACUUUGUUGUUUUAUUAUUUUUGUUGUUGAAGGUAGAGUGGCCUUGAUACUCAUUUUAAUGGUGAUAUUAAAUUAACAGUUUUAAAGGAGGACCCAUAUUUACUGCAGUGCUAAGAGUCUGAAAUUUUUAAUAUUCUUGCUUUUCUGUUUGAUCUGUUAUUAUAUGAACAUUUUCAAAAAUACUUUUCAUGAACUAAUUUCUUAAAAGUACCAAAUAGCAGACAAAUUUCGGCAGUUAAAACUAGUUGUGUUUGAUUAAAUAUUUAAAAAUUUAGUGCUGAAGUUGACACUCAAAAUAUUGAAUUUUAUACUCCCUUUGGGAACAUCAUUAAUUUUCUGUUUUUAAAUAUGAAGUUGAAUACAGCUGAGAUUUUUUUUAUCACAAUACAGUGAAAUAAUAUAAAGGUGGAGAUUUUUAUAUUUUGUCUGUUUGUUUAAAAAACAGCCCUUUACAGAAAUAUAUUUAAUAUAGACAUUAAUGUACGUGGUUUUAAAUGGCAAAAUAAUUUGUUUCUGAAUGUAACUAAAACUCUUUGACACCUCAAGAGCUUUUUUGAAAUACAAAUGAAAAUCUAUUAUGUACCAAUAUUUCAAGUAUGAAAUCUUGGCUUUUCCUCUAUUGGUAGAACUUCAAGUGAGUCUGUCAUAUCUUGUAAGAUAGAUCAAGAAUACAAAUAAGGACAAUGAAAUUAAAUGGGUAAAAACAUCAGUAUUUAAAAUUUAAUACUGCUGAGAAUAUUUCCUCCCAGUCACAUUUUUUUGUUAAGUUUCUUUAAAAUGAGCUUUUUUUUCACUUUGAAAAUUUUUAUCAGUGGUCUUUAGCCAUUAUCAGAGAUCCUUAUCAAACUUGUUUAAAGUCGAAGCUUUUUGUAUUUGUAAAUAAAAUAUUUAUUUUUUUGUUGACUGAUAUUUUGCAGUCAAAUUAUGCUCAAAAUAGUACAAUGUUUUAGUAUUAUUAUUUUAUGAACUUCACAAAUCUAGCUUUAUAGUCAUUUUCAGAUAGCUUUAGUCUU